AUGUCUGCCUUAAUUAAAGAAAAUUCUGCCAAGACGACGAUUUAUGUUGGUGGUCUGGACGAUCAAGUUAAUGAGCAAAUUCUUCACGCCGCAUUUGUUCCGUUUGGAGAAAUUGUCGAGAUCCAGAUACCUCCAGACCCGGCUUCUCAUAAUCAGCACCGUGGCUUCGGGUUUGUAGAAUUUGAAGAAGCCGCCGAUGCACAAGCUGCUAUUGAUAAUAUGAAUCUUGCAGAGCUUUACG